CUUUCACUAUGAGAAAUGGCUUAACUCAUUUUUUCUUUCUUGGCAGAGCAAAUUCGAUUAAAGAAUAUCAGAAAAGUAUAUGGAAGAUGUAUGUGGUAUCGUUUAAGGUUGUUAAAACCCCAGCCAAAUAUUAUUCCUACAGUAAAGAAAAUAGUUCUACUUGCAGGAUGGGCAUUGUUCUUAUUCCUUACAUACAAAGUGUCCAAAACAGAUCGAGAAUAUCAAGAAUACAAUCCUUAUGAAGUAUUAAAUUUGGAUCCUGGAGCAACAGUAGCAGAAAUUAAGAAACAGUAUCGUUUGCUAUCACUUAAGUAUCAUCCAGAUAAAGGAGGCGAUGAAGUUAUGUUCAUGAGGAUAGCAAAAGCUUAUGCAGCUUUAACAGAUGAAGAGUCCCGAAAAAAUUGGGAAGAAUUUGGAAAUCCAGAUGGGCCUCAAGCCACAAGCUUUGGAAUUGCCCUGCCAGCUUGGAUAGUUGACCAGAAAAAUUCAAUUUUGGUUUUACUUGUAUAUGGAUUGGCAUUUAUGGUUAUCCUUCCAGUUGUUGUGGGUUCUUGGUGGUAUCGUUCAAUACGGUAUAGUGGAGACCAGAUUCUAAUACGCACAACACAGAUUUAUACAUACUUUGUUUAUAAAACCCGAAAUAUGGAUAUGAAACGUCUCAUCAUGGUUUUGGCUGGAGCUUCUGAAUUUGAUCCACAGUAUAAUAAAGAUGCUACAAGCAGACCAACAGAUAAUAUUCUAAUACCACAGCUGAUCAGAGAGAUUGGCAGCAUUAAUUUAAAGAAGAAUGAGCCUCCACUUACCUGUCCAUAUAGCCUGAAGGCCAGAGUUCUUUUACUGUCUCAUCUUGCUAGAAUGAAAAUUCCUGAGACCCUUGAAGAAGAUCAGCAAUUUAUGCUGAAAAAAUGCCCUGCUUUGCUUCAAGAAAUGGUUAAUGUAAUCUGCCAACUAAUAAUAAUGGCCAGGAGCCGUGAAGAAAGGGAGUUUCGUGCUCCAACUUUGGCAUCCUUAGAAAACUGCAUGAAGCUUUCCCAGAUGGCUGUUCAAGGCCUUCAACAAUUUAAAUCUCCUCUUCUGCAGCUCCCUCACAUUGAAGAGGACAAUCUUAGAAGAGUUUCUAAUCAUAAAAAGUAUAAAAUUAAAACUAUACAGGAUUUGGUGAGUUUAAAAGAAUCAGAUCGUCACAGUCUACUACACUUUCUUGAAGAUGAAAAAUAUGAAGAGGUCAUGGCUGUCCUUGGGAGUUUUCCCUUUGUGACAAUGGAUAUAAAAUCACAGGUAUUGGAUGAUGAAGAUAGCAACAACAUUACAGUAGGAUCUCUAGUCACAGUGUUGGUUAAAUUGACAAGGCAAACAAUGGCAGAAGUAUUUGAAAAGGAACAGUCCAUCUGUGUUGCAGAGGAACAGCCUGCAGAAGAACAGCCUGGGCAGCAGCAAGGUGAUGCUAAUAAGAACAAGACAAAAGGAGGAUGGCAGCAAAAGACAAAAGGACCCAAGAAAAUGGCUAAAUCAAAAAAAAAGAAGCCUUUGAAAAAAAAGCCUACACCUGUUCCUGUUCCAUUAUCACAGACAAAGCAACAGAAACAAAAGCAGGCAAAUGGAGUCGUUGGGAGUGAAUGUGGAGUGAAGGAGGAUGAAGAAGAAGUUUCUGACAAAGGCAGUGAUUCUGAAGAAGAAGAAACCAAUAGAGAUUCCCAGAGUGAGAAAGAUGAUGGUAGUGACAGAGAAUCUGAUAGAGAGCAGGAUGAAAAACAAAACAAAGACGAUGAAGCAGAGUGGCAAGAAUUACAACAGAGUAUACAGCGAAAGGAAAGAGCCCUACUGGAAACCAAAUCAAAAAUAACACAUCCUGUGUAUAGUCUUUACUUUCCUGAGGAAAAACAAGAAUGGUGGUGGCUUUAUAUUGCAGAUAGGAAGGAACAGACGUUAAUUUCUAUGCCAUAUCAUGUUUGUACACUAAAAGAUACAGAAGAGGUAGAAUUGAAGUUUCCUGCACCAGGAAAGCCUGGGAAUUAUCAGUACACAGUGUUUCUGAGGUCAGACUCCUAUAUGGGUUUGGAUCAAAUUAAACCAUUGAAGUUGGAAGUUCAUGAGGCUAAGCCUGUGCCAGAAAAUCACCCGCAGUGGGACACAGCAAUAGAGGGGGAUGAAGACCAGGAGGACAGCGAGGGCUUUGAAGAUAGCUUUGAGGAAGAAGAAGAGGAAGAGGAAGAUGAUGACUAAUCAGUACUAUGAGUGGACCACAGUGUUUGCACAUAUUUGCAAACUUUUGCUGUUUGGAAGUGUAUAAUAAACCAGAAACAGUGCAGAACCAAUAUCGAAGGAAGUGUUAGUUUCUUUACUAGAAAUGGUUGCAUAAAAUAACUAGGCAAUUGGCGGUGUCUUGGUAUGAUCUGGGGAAAAAAAAAGUUUAGGACGUUUAGGGCUUAUUAAAGUCUUUCAAGUAUGGGAUGGUGCAUUUAUUUCAUCUGCAAAUUAUAAUAAAUCCUUUGUUAUUAUAACUGUCCAAAGUGUGGGCUAUGUAUUAUCUGAUCAAUUUAUGGUCCCAGUAAAAGUCAAGGUACAUGAAAAUUUAUAAAUGAGCAACUUUUCUUUGUUCAGCUUUAGUUUUAGUAUGAUAAACAUCAUAUAUGUUCUAAGUAACAUCUCAAAUUUUGCCUUGAUAAGCUCUAUUACUCAUUUAUUGAUAUUUUGCAGGUGAUGAGACUAUAAUAGCUCCUUACGUGGAUUUAAGCCUUUUAUUUUCACCUUUCUUGGUCAUAGUUGGUAUUUUCUCACAUUCCACAUAAUAUAGAGGGCUACAUUUUGGGAUUUUGCUUUCUUAAUUGCCCAGCGUUAUUCGAGAGAUUAUAAAGAUGGCUUUUAAUGGCUUAAAGCAUUUUUAAGCCUCUAUCUUAGUAGAUCAGGGCAGGAUCUAAUUCUUUUGAUAAGCUAGCUAUAGGUCUAAAAGUAAUUGUGGGACCAUAUGUUCUCUGAUGUUGGUGGUUUAUGUUAUCAAACCUUUUUUAAAAGGUUCACUAUAAAAGCUGAACUACAUUCUUAGCUUUUAAUCUACCUGACUCUAUCAGAAGCCUUUUAAGGAAAAUAGUAUAACAUGCAAAGGAGGGAUCUUUUUGUAUUCAUUUUGGACUCCUGUUAAUAAAAUAGAAGUUUGACUCAUUUUAUGUUUGCUAUUGUCUUUGUCUUUUUAUUUUUAGAGAAAGGACAUAAAUAGGGUAAUCCAUUCUUUUUUUUUCAACUAAAAAUUUAAUAUGACUAAGUGACUGCUAUCUUUGUAUACCAUAGGAAAACCCCUGAGUGAGAGGAAUUUCCACUCACAUAGUACAACCAAAAGGGUUGUUCUUAAUAUAAAAUAGGUAUGUAUAUGUGAUGAAUCAUUGGGGUGAGAGGAGAAUUUUUAUUAUACUAGACAGGGAGGAAACAAGACUAUAAUAUUAUAAGAUCGAUUAUAAUAAUCCUCUCAUCAAAAUUUCCCCAGGCCAAAGUACUGUUGGAGUACUGUGACCUUGUUUAUUUAAAAGGUUGCUACUCUCCAUACAGAAUUACCAUUGUUAUUUUGUUACUAUAGUAGUUUGAAAUAAAAUUUGGAAAUUAGCAAAAGCACGAAUGGCUUUUGGUUCUAAAUUUAGAAUGCAAUACUUGCUGUCAAAUGGUCAGAGAAGUUUUUUCAUUAGAACUUUAUUAACCAGUCUAGGGAGCCCUCCUCUUGGCAGGCAGGAAGCUGUGCCACUGAAGAUUUGUUUCACAUUACAAUUAAGGGUGGGUUUACUUUUAAAAUCAGGUUUUGUGGUGAAGCUGCAGUGUGGGUUGAGGCAGCUGCUAGUAAUGCAAAUGAUGCAGGGAGUGCUUACUCGAGUAAAAGGAGAGAGAGAGGUCAGAGAAAGCAAAGUGGCAUAAGGUCAAGGACAUUGAGCAAAUAAGAUAAUGUUAGGGUUCACGUUUCCUAUACUUCUUGAAACAUACUUUUAAGAAAAGAAUUUAUUUUUUAGUGGUGAUUUUGCCUUAAGGAAGUUUUGCAGAAGUUCAUUGAAACAACUGACUGUUUGAAGAGGUGGAUUUCCCACCCUAAUAAGUCACCAUAAUGCAAAUAAAGCCUCACCUCCAUACUAAGAGAGGCUCACCAAUCAGUUUUCCUUUGCCCUUUCUUUGUGUGAUGUGUAUAAAUAUCCCAAUCAAAUAAAACCAAUUAAUGCAUACCUUAGGUACCUCUUUCCAUACUGCAGUAAUGGAAGAACGUUUGUAAUCUCCAGUAAGUCACUGAACUCCACAUCCCUUCUUUCUAUGGAAUGGGAUUAUAAUUUACCCCUAGAUUGUAUUUAAUCUCAUGGAAAUUUAUUAAAUGACGGUUCAUUUUCCUAUCAAAAAACAGUGACUUUAUCAACAAAAUAAAUGAGCAUCUAGAUGAAAACAAUGUGAACAGAAUGAAAUUGGUUAUUUUUGAAAUUAUUUAAAUCAUGAAUAUUUUAAUCUCUUUAAAUUGGUAAAGUAGCUAUUAAAACCAAAUACAGCCUUCCAGGAGACUUUAUUGCCACUAUUGAAAGCGUAAUCAGUGGUAAAUGUUUAGCAUUAUAAAAUUUGAUGUAGGCCCCCAUGUGUUUUCCAAUUAGAGAUCUCAAUCUCAAAGUUACUCAGAUUGCUGGGCAUGGUGGUGCACCCUGUAAUCCCAGUGGCUCCGGAGGCUGAGACCCGAGAAUCUCAAAUUCAAAGCCAGUCUUAGCAAAAGCGAGGUACUAAGCAACUCAGUGUCUCUAAAUAAAACAAAAUAGGGCUGGGGAUGUGACUUCGUGGUCAAGUGCCCCUGUAUUGCCCCUUCCCAAAAUUAGAUAUUCAUGCCCUCUAAAUUUUUAAAUUUAAUUGAGCACAUUGAACUAGUUUCUCCAUGUAGAGUAAUUCUUUGUGCUCUGCUAUACUUCUGCGCUGGGGGGUUGGAGCCAGGACAGGCUGCCAGCUGUACUAGCCACUUUGUGUUGGGAAGCAAGGGAGCAGAGACACCAACAUCUGAUAUGGAAACAGGUAGCAAGGCAUUAUUCUUGCCAUGAUGUUUUUCAGUCAUCCAAACUAUAUCCUGUAAUGUUCUUUAGUAGGAAUUGAUAUUUCAAAUGUAAUCCAACAUCUUACACAUUUUUAAGGGAUUGUUCAUUGGUCAUCAGGUGUUGACUGAGUUUCUAUGUACCUGUCUCUGUGUCUGGAUUCUGGGACUAUAAAAAUAAAGUCUGUGUUAAGAACUCACUGGUGUUCAGUCAGGCAGAUGGGUGGUAUGCCAUCUCAACCCAUUACCUUGGCUGGUAGCUGUUUGGAAUGCCUUUUUUGUUUUGUUUUUGUUUUUCCAUUACAGACAGAAGAAGUUAUUUGUUUUAGAGAUUUAUUGUUUAUUACUUUUUUUUUUUCAGGUAGGCAAACAUCACCCUUUGUUUUUAAAUGCUUCUUUAAAGAACUUUUCCUCUCACAUUCUGAUUCAGCUCCAUGAAUCCCCUAUUUAGUCUGCCUUAAAGUGAAACAAAGAUCAGUGAACCAUAACAUUACAUUUACUGUGUAAUGAUUAUUUCAGAUAUGUCUCAAGAAGUUAGCGCCAAGCAGCUUCACACAUUUAAACUUGAAGCUAGGGCUAUUUUGCAAAACUCUAGAGAAAAAAAAAAAAAGAUGUGAUCUUGUACAUUUUCCUGUAACAGAGCUAAAAACCCAAAUAACA